AUGAACUCAAAAACUUGCGGAGCAAAUCUUGCAGCAAUGAUGGAAGGAAGUGAACAUGAGUUAGAGGAGGAAGAAUGUAAUGAUUUGAGAUACAGCUCACGUAGUAGUAGCCUUCUCAAAUAUCCUUGCACGGCCGGCUCUGCAAACAAAUCAACACAUCAUACCAAGACUUUUGCUCUUUAUCCAAGUCUUGCACGAGCAAGUGAGUUAGUUGACCGCAUAUAUCAUUGUCAGAAAGAAACCCAACGUCGCUUAGCAAAGAGCGGUUGGGCUGACGAUGAUAUGUCAAGGCUGAAUACCGACGCACAACUCAAGCCAAUUUGGGACGAAGAAACAAGCUUAUCAAAAAAGUUCAACGAGCUAGUGAUGAAACUCUCACCACCUGUUAGAUUUGUAAUCCGUCACCGCCAGUCGUCGAUGUGGGAUUACACCUCCCCACCUCCUUAUUGCCCACCGUUCCCAUCGUUCAUACAUAUGCGCGAUUGGGUCAUCGUUAAGGAUUUGUGGAAGACGCAUCGGACCGAACAGGAGAUGCUUGCCCUCUUCGAGGAGCACAGCGGGACCAUCAAGGAAUUGAUAGUUGAGUGGAAGCGUGGGAUCGAAUCCCAUUUUUCAAACCUAGUGCUCAGCAAGAAACAAUCACGUGUACAGAGCCCCAUUGUCCGGCCGACAAUGCUCCGGUUUCAAAGCAAGCCCGACCCACUUUCGAAUUAUACAGACGAGCACAAAAUGCUCUUACGAGGCGACAUAUUGUUUUACGACAUCGAGGAGAAUUCUUUGUCCCCGAUUCCAAUGACGUACAGCGAAAUUCUCGAAAAAAAUGGCCUCGUUGCAUCUCCCUUGUCUCUUAAGCCCAAUUCGACGUCGCUUACAAAAAAGGUAAAUCUCAAUAAGUAUGAUUUUUAUGUGGAAGCGCACUUGGUUGCAUGCGCUCUCAUGACAUCAUUGAACAUACCCACCGCGUCGCACCUUUUACUGGCUGGUUUGGGUGCCGAGUUUCAAUGCAAGAGGUGCCUUGACGCUCAACAAGUGACUUGGGUAGAGCUGGUGCGCCAUUACAUCGUGUCAAACAAGCUCUUCAAGAAAAACUUGAAGACGGUGCGCUCACUCUGCGGAGGUAUCACGUAUAGAAAUGUACAUGAUAUUGAACUUCGCAUUGAACAACCUAUGGUUGGAUACUGUUCAACCGAUCCACCAAUGAAGCUCGGCGCGCACACGACCAAGCGUCGUAAAUGCCUCUUAUGCGCCCAGAUUCAGGGUCAGGAGAGCGUGAUUGCUCCUGAGUGGGCAAUAGUUAGGCACCUUCAAGACGUGCACGGAGUCGCUGAGCCCGCAACACAUUUAUACUACACACCUCAGCAUGUGCACGACUCCAUUGACGACUUUGGAGGAUACGGCCUCCCACCUCAUGAUUCAGAGUUUUUCUAG